UGGCUCGGUAGGGGAAGGGGGAACUGAGUUACUGGGUUAAGCGGGGAGCUGGUUUGAAGGAGACUGAGGGCAGCUUUUCGUGAGGACUGGAGUUAACAAGGGCGGGGGGCUGCAGGCAGGAAAGGGGGUGAGCCCGGUCUCGGAGAGUAGGGCACUGAGGAGCCGCUGUUCUUCCGGGAGGAGGGGUUGGCUUCUCGUCUGGCGUUAUCCUGACGGGAUUUGUGUGUUAAUGUUUCAGAAAGAAAGGGAAUCAAAACGUCUGUAAAAUAUAUGCAGAAAAGCAAAGACAUAAGCUGUUCUUCUGCCUUAUUUCUCCCAUUCGAUUUAAAUAAUGCAAAUAAUGAUUACACAUGCUGGUCUUUUUUAGUUGAACAAAGUUAAACAUUGGUAGUUUGGGAGCGGAUCGCGAUUUGUAGAAAAGGGCCGUUUACCGGCCUAUCAUUAACGGGGGAGGAUUGUAGUAGCCUUCUGCACGGUGAAAGAAUUAGUGCGUUUCUUCAUUUGUAAUCAUGUUACUCAAAGUACACGUGUUUGGCAGGAAAGCGUGUAGUAGUUUGUUCCGCUGUCAAAGGUCAAGUGUCACCUGUGUUGGAAAAGGGACAAGUUUGACUCAGUGGCUCAUGUGUAGGGAUUUCCACAUCACCUGUCAACGAUGUACAAUUAUGCCAUCCUGGGUGAUUGACCGUUAUGGGAAAAAUGAUGUGCUGCGAUUCACAAACAAUAUGAUGUUCCCUGUAAUCCAUUUUCCCAAUGAAGUUAUUAUUAAAGUCCAUGCUGCAAGUUUAAAUCCCAUAGAUGUUAACAUGAGAAGUGGCUAUGGAGCUUCUGCUCUAAGGAUGAAGCGAGAUCCUCUGCACAUUAAAAGCUCAGGCAGUGAAUUCCCCCUAACACUUGGCCGGGAUGUUUCUGGUAUAGUUAUGGAAUGUGGACUAGAUGUGUCAUAUUUCAAACCUGGAGAAGAGGUAUGGGCAGCCAUUCCUCCCUGGAAGCAAGGCACUUUGUCAGAGUUUGUAGCAGCAAGUGCAAAUGAGAUAUCUCGAAAGCCCCAGUCACUCAGUCACACGGAAGCUGCUUCCUUGCCUUAUGUUGGCCUAACAGCAUGGUCUGCAAUGAGACAGGUUGGCGGUCUGAAGGAGGAUAAUUGUAGCAAUAAAAGGGUACUGAUUUUUGGUGCAUCAGGUGGUGUAGGUACCUUCGCUAUCCAGUUGAUGAAAGCGUGGGGCGCUCAUGUGACUGCAGUUUGUUCUCAGGAUGCCAAUGAAUUAGUGCAGCGUCUUGGAGCGGACAGUGUCAUUGAUUAUAAAGCUGGAAAUGUAAAAGAACAGCUGAAAGCUUUGCCACUGUUUGAUUUCAUCCUAGAUAACAUUGGUGGAUCUACAGAAGAAUGGGCCCCUGAGCUCCUGAAAAAGUGGUCAGGGGCAACAUACAUCUCUCUAGUAACACCUUUCUUAGUAAAUGUGGAUAGACUUGGUGUAGCUGAUGGCAUGUUACAGACUGGAGUGACGAUUGGUAGAAAGGCUGUGAAGCAUCUUUGUAAAGGGAUCCAUUACCGGUGGGCAUUUUUUACACCAAGUGGUCCAUACCUGGAUGAAAUAGCUACUCUUGUCGAUGCAGGGAAGAUCCACCCAGUUAUUGAUCAAGUCUUCUCAUUUGCUGAGGUUCCCAAGGCUUUCCAGAAAGUGGAAGAAGGACAUGCACGUGGAAAAACAGUGAUCAAUGUAACUAAUAAAAAAUAAUGUAUCAACUCUG